AUGCCCGAGAAACGGUCGACUCUCCACGCUGCCACUUCUCACGGCAAGCACAUUGGCGCCAUGCGGUUUGUCACAAUGCAGCGGCCUGUCCUGGCGGCGGCCUCGGCCUUUGUUCCACGGCUCGGAAUCGGCGCGACGGCUCCUGCUCCCCACGGCUCGCAAUUGAUGGGUAGCCUUCUCGCCCAGGGCCGACGACAUGCGUCCGUCAAGGCCCAGGGAGCCUACAAGAAGAAGAGCAAAAGGGGAAUCCCCAACAAGCUGGGAGCCAAGCGGACAGGCGACCAGUACGUCAUCCCCGGCAACAUCAUCUACAAGCAGCGCGGCACGCUCUGGUGGCCGGGCGAGAACUGCAUCAUGGGCCGCGACCACACGAUCCACGCCAUGGCGGCGGGCUACGUCAAGUACUACAGAGAUGCCAACCGCCACCCCGACCGCAAGUACAUCGGCGUCGUCUUCGACAAGGCCGACACGCUACCGUACCCGCAGCACGCCGAGCGGAAGCGACGGCUGAACAUGACGGCGCACACGAUCCGGCCGGCCGAGGAAAAGCCUGCCGUGUCGCCCUCGGGCAUCCCCUUUGAGGUGACGCGCGUCGAGGCGGGCGAGCCGGACCGGCUUCUGAAGCUGCGUGCCGACUACAGCUAUCGCGAGGACAACUGGCGCAUCGGAAGGCUGGUGCGGACAACGGGCCUCCGGACGAAGCGUUUCAGGACACGAAAGCAAUGGUUCCGUCACAGGCGGUGGAGGAGGGAGCGCGAGCUGCAAGGUCAGCGGGCGGCGGAGAAGAAGAGGGCCGAGAGCGGGGAGGGAGUCAAGAUGCAAAAGGUGGUGAGCAAGAAGGCAGCCAAGAAGGCGGCCAAGAAGGCGGCCAAGAAGUAG